AUGUACCAGGACCAUUUCCAAUACCCAUAUUUGGUAAUUUUCUACAUAUUAUCAUGCUCAAUAAUCGUAAAUGUGUUGAAAAUUGGUGCAAAGCGUACGGAAAAAUUGUCGGGACACACCGAUUCGGAACACCCGAACUGUUGAUCACAGAGCCGACGCUUAUCCGUCAGAUUUUGGUCAAAGACCAGGCAUUCAGCGGUGUUCGCGAUUCCCGUCUAUUCGAUCACAUCUGCUUUCGCGAAGUCCGGACCAGUAUUACCGAUACAUCGGUCAAGACAUGGAUCUAUUUGUUGCCGCAACUGUUCAAGUCGUUAAACAUAGCGGUUGUUGCCGACCAACUGGACAAUGUUUGCCACAAAUUUGUCGGCAAAUUGAGUGCACAGUUAGCCAAAACUGGCGGUUGCGAUGCUGUCGAGUUGAACCGAUCAAUGAGCCGAUUGGCCAGCGAGAUAUUGGUCAGGUGCUCGUUUGGCGCCGAUCUCGACAAGUUGGCCAUCGAUUGCGACCGGUUUCGAGCAAACACACCGCAAAUCGGUGCCAACAGAGCUAUAUUAUUGACAUCGCUAUUGUUUCCCGUAUUAGAUCCCGUACUGAUAGCUUGUGUUAAACUGUUUCGCCAGCAAAAGGGCCAGUAUUUUGUGGACACUAUACGGCGUUUGAUUGACGAAAGACGGUCGUGUAGACAACAUUAUCCGGACCGACAACACAACGAUUUUCUACAAUAUUUUAUGGAUUAUACCGACAACAAUAGGCCAGACAUUCAACAAUUGACGGACAAUCAGAUUAUUAACCAGUUUUAUGUCAUGUAUUUUGCAUCGUAUGAGGCGCUGACACUCAAACUGAUGAUGUGUUGCCACGAGUUGGCCACCAAUCGUGAUAUACAGGACAGACUGUACAAAGAGAUAAGCGCUGCGACAAUGACAACAAAAACAACAACACCUACUACUAUUGAUAAUGGACAGCACCGGCCUAUAAGUUACGAUACGUUCAACAAAAAGAUGCCGUUUCUGAACGCUGUAAUCUCGGAAACAUUGCGCAAACACAGCGAUAUUAUUAUCAGCCGUAARACAGUCAGCGAUACCAAGUUAUUGUCGGCCAAUGGCACCGAUAUCAGUGUGCCGGCCGGUAUGUGYGCCGAAAUUGGACUCCAUGCUCUGCAUCACGAUCCGGACAACUUUGCCGAACCGCAUCGCUUCAAUCCGGACCGAUUUAUGCCGUCCUCUACUACUACUACUACUACUACUACUACUACUACUACUACUACUACUACUACUACUACUACUACUACUGCCAUUAAGCCGUAUACAUAUCUACCGUUUGGUCGCGGCAAUAGACAGUGUGCGGCACCGGUAUUCGGCAAAUUAGCCCUCAAAAUAGCCAUGUUUUAUAUUGUUCAGGCAUUUGAAUUGUCCAGACAUCGGUUGACUCCCUGUCCGCCUAACUAUCUCCGAGUACCUGAACUGGCGCUACCCGACGAUAUUACUAUUAGUUUUAAAGUUAGAAAUUAA